CGCCCCCGUGACGUCACUUCCCGCGGGCGGUGCCGGGCCCGGUGCCGCCGGUGCGGGCCGGGGGUGGAGGAGGCGGAAGGCGGUGCCGGUGCCGGUCCCGGUUCUGGUUCUGGUCCCGGUCCCCAUCCCAGCAGCGGCGGGCCAUGGUGGUGCUGCGGGGCGGCGCGGGCCCGGAGGAGCCGUUCCCGAGGAUCGAGGACUGCCUGCCCCUGCUGGAGGACUCCCCGUCCAAGCGGUUCUCCCCGUCCAAGAGGAAGCAGUAUUACAUCAACAAGGCCAUCCGCAACUCCGACCUCAUCCCCAGGGCCAAGGGCCGCAAGAGCCUCCAGAGGCUGGAGAACACUCGCUACCUGAUGACCCUUCUGGAGCAGGAUGACUGUGGGAGUGACGAGGGAGAGCUCACCCACUCGGCUCCCCCCAGCAUCUUCACCGAGGCCUGUAACAAUGAGACCUAUGUGGAGAUCUGGAACGACUUCAUGAACCGGUCGGGAGAGGAGCAGGAGCGGGUGCUGCUCUACCUGGAGGAGGAGGCCAGGAAGAAGCAGAGGAGGAAGCUGCCUGUCAAGAAUGAAGACAAGUGGAAAGAGCUCCCAGCCUACACACCCCAGGAGUGCUUCCAGCGCAUCAGCCGCCGCCUGCGCGCCACCCUGAAGCGGGGCCGGAUCCCCAUGGGAACGCUGGAGGGGCUGGAGGAGGAGCUGCUGGCCUUCUUCUCUGUCACCCCCCACUCUGUCUACACAGCACUGAUGGACAACAGCUUUGAGCGGCUCCUGCUCCACGCACUCUGCCAGUACAUGGAUCUCGUCUCUGCCAGUUCGGACAUCGAAGGGAAACGUCAGAUGAAAGUGAGCAACAAACACCGCGUGUUCCUGCCCCCCGAGCUGCUGCUCUCAGACUACCUGGGGCAGAUGAGCUGAUGCCCCCCGAGCUGCCCAGCCCCUCCUGUGUCCGGCCCUUGUGCAGCCCUUGGACCCUCGGCCCUUCCCCUGCUCCGGGGGAAGAGCCGGGGGUUUACAGCCCUCCUGGAACUCUUUGUGUGUCUAUUUAUAUAACCCAGGUGUUUUUUAAAAAUAAUCAGGCGGGGCCAACCCCCCCUCCCCUCUGGCGCUGACGCUCGUGGGGUGAUUUCGGUCCAGAUUUUUCUGCGGUGAAACAGCUCCUGGCGGCUGCUGAGCAAUCGCUGAGCCGGCGGAAGAGCCCGGGGGCUGCCGCGUUCCCGCACCCGCAGCCCCGCGCCGCGGGCUGUCCGGGGGGACUCGGUGUGGGGAGCUCCGGGUACUUCUGCCCCCCGCACCCUGUGCCCUGCCCGCACGACGGGGCUGUUUUUAAGUGUAAUAUAGCUUGUGGGUUUUUUUUAUCACGUGUGUGUAUAUUUACAUGAGUGUGUGUGUGUGUGUGUGUGUGUGUGCGUGCUGCUGGAGGGGUGCAGCCCCUUUCGGGGUUCUCUCUGCUUUGUCUACAGCUACCAUGGGGGCAGAUGGGGCAUUUUGGAGGUACCUCCGUGUGCUCCCCCCGUGUCCCUGGCAUGUGCCAAGGGUUGUGCCCUGGAGGAAUCUUUUUCUGGUUGCUCUAUCCCAUGAUGACACCGACUGCCAUUAACCGUGGGGACCCCCAGACCCAGGGGAGCCCCUCGCACCUCCUUUGCUGGUGUGACUCGGGUACGGGCGCGUUCAGGAACAAUAAAGACGGUGCUCCCCUGC